CUGUACAGUUCGCUUUCGCAUCUGGCAGUACACUUUUCGCUCCGUCGCUUAAAAAACUUCUCUUAGAAUCUACACCAUCAUGUCGCACCGUACUACCCCAACUGGCCGCCAACUUUCUGGGCUGCUGUCCCGCUCUGACAAGCGCAAGAAAACGCCAAAGGAUUCAAGUGGAAGCUCGCCGGGUGAAGCUGGGCCGUCGAACAAGGACAUCUGGAGGGCUCUCUCUACACUCUCGGAUGCAGUUAGUCAGUUCCAGGGUGGACUUGAUAGUCUCAAAGGAGAGAUGAAAAAGGGGCUGGAUGACAUCAUGGCCAAGAUAGAGGAGCAGCCACCACCCGCGCCAGCAUCCACUGCUGCUACACCAACGAAGGUGCCCUCAAGACUGAGUCGGAAGGUGAGGGAAAUCCACAAUGGGCUGGGAGACAUGGAGUUCAAGGGAGCUGAAACGUUCAAGUCGGACCACAAUAGGGCGGUGACGAAGCUCAUCGAGAGGGCAUUGAGGGAUGACCCGGAGACAGGUGAACAGUGGCAUGCGUCUCACAUCACUAAGUCGUGUAAGAACUAUCAUGACACAAUUCGCAGAAGGGAGAAGAGUAUUGCGUUGGGGAAGGAUGAAGCACAGAAAAAGGAGAGGAAGAGGACUAACAGACGCACCAGGCUCUUUGACCGAAGAAAGCUGGCAGGGAAGGCUGUGCUGAGCCGGGCAGAACAGGAGUUCCUGGAGGGAGCCAAAGCCUGCCUGAUGUCGGAGGAGGAAACCGACACAGAGGACUGCGACAGGUGGCUGGUAAAGCAGCCAUCUUGGAGGAGCCGAAAGCUGGAGAAGAUCCUGAACAAGUGCAAACAGGCGAUGGAGAAGAAAGCGAAGUCCAGGAGAGCCACGCCGAGGAUUCCCUCAGACCUGCCGAGCAGUGAGGCCACGCCGACCAAGGUCGGCAGGGCCUACGUGAGGAGCAGGAGUGAGGAGGAAGCAGCUGGGGGAAGCCAGGUGGAGACAGAAGAGAUUGAGGAUGGGGAUGAGGCACGCAGUGAGAGGGACAACGAGAACACUGGGGGGGAAAGUGACAUGGGGAGUGAUAGUGAGGGUAGUGAUGUGGAGAAGGAACAGACAGUCAGGGGAAAGAGAGUGAGAGACGAGGAGAAUGUUCAGGAGGAAGUUAACAUUGUUAGGAGAAAGAGAGGAAGAAGCUCAAGGAUAAUGAUUCAGGAUGAGGAUGACACUGAUGAUGACUUGGAGUAAAGGGCUAAGAAAAAGAGGAAGUUCAGCCUUAAGGGUAGAAAAAAAGUUAGAUAGUACUGUAGGAUAGUUAAAUAUAAUAAAAUAUAUAUAGCUAGGAUGUAAUUUAGCUUGGUUUAGUGCAUUUCAUUUUAGGUUAGGUAAGAUAGAAGUUAGGGCUAUUGUAGAGUAAAGAGGAGGGGGCAUUAUCUAUUUAGGUUAGAUUCUUUUUUGGGGUAAGGUAUAGCAUACUAGUAUUGAGGGUAUAGUUCAUUUAGUCAGGAGAUAAGGUUAUAUUGUACAUUUAGGUUAGGUGUGAUAAAGAUUCUAGUUAAGGGUAAGGUAGGUUUAGUACAUGUUAGAAUAGCAAUAUGACUGAGUAAAGAAGAGCUUCAUUAUGCAGCAAAAGGAAGGAAGAAUGUGUUUUUUUUUUAUCACUCUGCUAAGAUACAAAAUAAAUCGAUGUAUACAAUGAAAACUGAUUUAAGUUUACUUGCUUUUUAUGGAUAUACAGGUUAACAUUUAUGUGGGAUGCAGGUACUUUUAUCAUUUUUUUUCUGUUGGUUCGUAUCUGCCAUGGUACAGGAAAAUUGCAGUUCAUAUCUGCUAAUAGGCAAUGAUUUCAGGUUAAGGUGCAGGUUUCGGAUUUGGCUAAAAUCCGUGAAAUCCGUAUCUGCGUACACGGAGCAAAUACGGGAGAGUACAGGUUUCGGACAUGGUGAGGAUCCGUGAAAAUCCGUAGUUCGUAUCUGCUUACACGCAGCAAAUACGGGAGAAUUCAGGUUUAGGAUUUGGUUAGGAUCCGUGAAAAUCCGUAGUUCGUAUCUGCUUACACGCAACAAAUACGGGAAGAUUCGGGUGUCGGAUUUGUUAAGGAUCCGUGAAAAUCCGUAGUUCGUAUCUGCUUACACGCAACAAAUACGGGGAGAUUCGUAUGUCGGAUUUGUUUAGGAUCCGUGAAAAUCCGUAGUUCGUAUCUGCUUACACGCAACAAAUACGGGAAGAUUCGGGUGUCGGAUUUGUUUAGGAUCCGUGAAAAUCCGU